GUCACUGCCUCGCGCCAGUUUCCUACUUCAGAGAGAAGCGGGGCGGAGAGGACAGAAGUUGUUCCCCGCAGAAAUGGACUGACAUCCCAAAACAAAGCUUCAGUUUCAGAGUCUGAACGGUCCUUCCUCACUCUGAGUUUUGAGAUUUUCACCGUGGAGUGCAGGUCCUGCGGUCGCCCAGCUCGAUGUGCGAUGUCGAAGAGUGACACGUGGCCGGGCCACGUUGCCUCGGAGUCCUUGAGCAAUAUGGACAGUGCAGGAAGCUGCGACAGCGUAAUCAGCAUGAACUCUGGCUAUAGUGAAGACAGUAUGGAGCACCUUUCUCCAGAGGAGAGGGCGUGUCUCAUGUAUCUGCAGGAAACCAUCGAAGCCCUGGAGGUGCAGGACGACAGCGGCUUAUCCAAUGAAGAACCAGAGCUCGGCUCGUUUGGAGACAAAAUGGAACAGAUAAGAGUGAAUGACGUUAAUGCUUCAACGUCCAGUCAGUCUGAAGGACACAAGAACUCUUUGCUCGGUUAUGAGCCUCCCACGACGCUCCCACUCCCAGAAGCGGAGCCUGCAGACAUCAUUGAGAGCAAAACUGAGAAUGAUCUUCUCAAUCACACCCCUGAACCAGAACUGGCUUCUGUUCCUGCCCCCGAUACGAUGGAUCUCAAAGCAAUAGACCUCAUGACUAACGCCAGUCCUCCAACUCCUGAAGUCCCCUCAUCUCUUCCGGUGGGGAAUGAGGCUGUCAUCCCCCCUCCCUCAGGCUUCAUGGACGUGCCAGACUCUCCCCUAAAGCCAGAGAAGGUGAAAUUACACCUUCCGUCUGUAGGGACGUCCAAACCAGGAGCGACGGUUGAUGUUGAGCAGCUCCGUCAGAGAGCCAUUACUCCAACCGUGAACUUGGAGCAGCUCCGUCAGAGAGCCGCGCUGAGGAAAACCUCUUUGACUCCCAGUCCGCCUGAGGAGUAUCUCAGUAAACCUCCACUGGACUUGCCUUCAAGUCUCGGCCUUUCCUCUGUUAACUCUAGCCCUCCAGUGAGUCCCCUGUCCGAGCCCAAAACCCCUCCUGCCGUGGCCCCCAAGCCCAAAAGACUUCCUGCCAACAUUCUGCUGAAGUCCCUCAAGACGGCGGCGCCUCCCUCUGAAGCAAACUCGGUACUGUCAACCCCCACCAACAAUGACAGGAUGUAUUUUGACCAUCAGAAAACUCGAAUGGAGGCUCUUCGGAAGCUCGGCCUGCUCAAAAGCCACGAGGAAGAUUCGCUCACCAGUACCAGUCCCAGACUGUCGCCACAGAAUAGGAGGUCGUGGGCCACUCCGUCUCCUCCUGCCAGUCCCGCUUCCUCAAACACGCCACCCAUGACACCAUCGUACACCCGUGUCAAUAGCCCAUCUCUUGCCUCCGCACGCCAGCAUGUCGCUCCGGCUGCUUUAUCACACUCUGCUGCGUCUUCAGCUCCUCACAUUCCUCCUCCCGAUAUUCUCCCAGCCCCCGCUGCUUUCAGUGACUGUACCGACUCCCUGCCUUCAGAUCAUGAAGUGUCUCCUGUCAUCGACGUCCCUGAUUCUGUGGUCAGUCGGGUUACCCCGUCUGCUCUCAUCAAACAGCUAUCCCCACCCAAGGCCAAAGCAGCCACCUUGGAGCGUGGCCUGGGUCUGAGCAGCUACAUGGAAGGAGAAAACUCAUCCGAGUUCAGUGAGGAGCAGGUCCCCGGACAGCGGCGUAACAGUCGGUCGCGUCCGGCCUCUGUGGGCUCCAGGAUAGAGUUUUCAGCUGCUCGAGGUGAGGAUGCGCAUUCAGAUCGAGGCUCCAGCCCCGGGGCCGACAUGUGGACGAAACCGCCCACGCCGACACCCCCUUCCAACUCCGACGACUCCCUGAAACUGCCUCGAUCUCAGGGCGUCAGCGUGCUGAUCAGCCCCCGUGCGGACAACGAGGAGGACCGGCGCGAGGCCCUGAAGAAGCUUGGGCUGCUCAGAGACUGAGCCCUACGUUACACACUUCUUCUCUCGGAUGGAUUCUGCUUCAGGAAAAUACUGAAGGUCCUCACAUGAAUGAUAAAUGGAUCACAAAACAUUCAGAAAGCAGCUUAAACACACAGUUGUUUUUUUUUUGUUUUUUUUUUUUCUGCAUUAAGUAGCAUCAGCGUGCAUCACAUAGCUCAAGGUCAUGUCCACUUUUUAGUCUACUUAAUAAUAUAAAAAAACAAUAACAGCUUUUUUUUUUCUUAGAAAAGUGGCAAUAAAGGACUUUUUAGGAUUUACAUUGACUUUUAGUGUAGCUGUAGAUUUGUAAAUUAAAUGUUACUGUAAACAAUCAGUAAUAAGGUGUUUAGUCAUUUCACUGUCUUGUGAUCUAUGAGUAUGGAUCUUUUGUUAACGAGUGCUUUUAUAAGUCAUUUCUGUCAGGAAAGCCAUUGUGUGGUGGGGUCACAUCACGGGUCUCCUUUUAAAGACUUUUACAGCUUGCUGUGGUAAAAUGUUGGUUUGACCUUUUUUUGUUGGUUUUUAGCAAAAACUGGCUAUUGUUCAGAGUUUUUGUGUAUUUAUUAUGAACCGUAGUGAACUUAUUGCAGGGUGCUUUUCAACCGGAUUAUAAUGAGAGCAUAUUUCCUGUGCUGCCAGAACACGCCUUAAUGUAGCUCAAAGCACAUAGUCGAUGGCCACUGGCUGAUUGGAAUCUGAAACAUGUGGUUUGCAUGGCUGUACAAUGACGCACAACAAAACACAUAACCUGGUUACCCGGCAGCGCCGUCUCUGGAGUCGCUGUGUGGCCAAACAUUGCCAGCAUUCUUCUUUUUCUUCUAUUUUUUUUUCUCUAACUCAACAUACACCCUCUUCAUCUUGACCUCAGGUCAUUAAUCUAAACCCGCCUGAAAAUGUCAUAUUUUUUCCUUUCCUAAUUUAUGACCGUCUCUCGUGUCUCCUGUCAAAUCGUAAAGCGACUCCUAAGUUUUCUGGCUCGGCUUCAUGAUCUGUGUCUGAUGUGAUCGUGAAAGAACUGGUGCGACCUGUUUUUCAUCUCCAGGUUUGGCCUCUAUAGAAGAUCCCUGCUGCUCAGGACGCCUCAUUUACGAGCCGACGGCCUCUCUGAAAGAUCGCUGCUGCAGGCUAUUAGACACCUGUACAUGUACCCUUUCCUGUAAUUUCACAUCGAGUUCAGCUACCAUGAUGAUAUUAAGCUCAAUUUGAAAACUGUUUUCUGCGAACGUCACGGUUUAACUCACCCCACUCAGAAAAACUGAAUUUUUAUGCUCGCAAGACAACUUUCUGCCGAAUACCAAAAGAAUGUCACUCCUCAGAGUUUCCGUAACUUUACUGGCAACACGGGGAAGUUAUGCCAGUGACUAAUCCUUAAUUACAAGCGGUGAUAACAUUAAGGUGCGCUCUCUCUGAAUGACUCCAUCAAUGCCGAGUGCCACUUGGCAUCAUUGUUGUGAUUCCUCGAGCCCUACCCUGCGUACUAUUUUAGUUCAUUAAAAAUUAUUGCUUUCAUCACACCCACAAAAUUUCCCCAGCAUGAAUUUGGAUGCAGCGUCUGAUUUGCAUACUUUACAAACAGAAUAUUUUUAUAUGUCUGGUUAUGUUCCCCCAAGAAGGGACACCUCAGAUCAGUACUUGUCAGUAGGGAACUUUCAACAAGAACCAAGUAAAGAAAUUAUUUGAAUGUUGCUUUGAAUAUCUCAGAUAGAAAAAGGUGAAGCGCCUGUGCAUAAUUUGCAAUUAAGAUGAACCAAACACCACAGUGUGUACUACAUGUGUACUCGUAGGGAAAGCAUCAGAGGUCUGUUUGUACCAGUUUAGCUUUUCCUGAACAUCUUCUUUCUGAGGAGGAAGUGGCUGCACGCCGUCAGAAUAACAGCGGCUGCUUUGUGCUGCUCCCUGGCAUGUUGGUAUGAGAGGCAUCUCUUCUGACAGGAGACCUGACUGACAAGGGCUCUGUCGCAGCUCCAGCCACUUUCACUCUUCCCCUUGCAGGUAUCAUAGAUCAGCUAAAGCGGGUCUCGUGCCACUGCAGUCUGCACGCCUGACCUGGGUGAGGAAAUGGCGAGGAUGGAAUCUGAGACAAAAGGGAAACAAAAUUUGAGACUUUCAAUGAUCAGGGAGGAGCAGUGUGAGCUGUUAGAAAGCUGCAGUGGAGUUAAACAAGGACAAAGGUACAACACAGUAAGCAGUUAGUAACUGACUUCCCUGAUAAAUACAAACUUUGCAGAAAUAGAGAUGGAAACAAACUUAAUAGAUCGGUAUGCAGCAGGUUGACCAAAUGGAAAACUGUACUAACUCUUUGUCUUCAAACUGUUCGAUGCAUAACCUCAGUUAGACGGUUCGGGUGUUAUUGAUUGACCCGCUCAGUGUAAAUACGUCGGAAUGUUAGACUGAUUGUUGUAGUUGGUAUGCAGCAGUGUGAAUACCUGUUGAUCAUUCUGCAGCAGAGGUUUUCAAAUCAGAGUGUGCAGACAGUCCAAAAAAAAAAAAAAAAGUGAGCGACGGUUGUAAUGAAUUUGCAAAGAUAAAUUCUUAAACAACUGACAAAGUUUAUGAGUAUCUUAAUUGCCACUGUUCAGCAGUAUGAUUGGCUAGGCCUAGGUGGUAAGUAA